CAAAUAGGAAAUCGUCAAAAAAUGUGGUAGGCAAGCUGUUAUGGCCGGUUUAGCUAGGCCCACCGGGCAAUCUUAGCCCACAAGUUAUCUUACGUUAAUUCUUAUGCAAGUUAUCUAGGUUAUAAAUAUAGGCUGUAAGACUCUUUUUGGAAUUAAGCAAUAAGAAUAAUAUUAUCUCUAUUGCCCGGCUCCCAGAGGAGCCGGAACCCUAGCCGCCUCUAACCCUAGCCGCCGCCGCCAUCCUCCUCCCACGUGACGGCGCCCAGCCGCCAGCGCGCCCGCUCAUCGCCGCGCCCUCCUCCAUCCUUCCCCUACAACCUACGGAGCAGGUCCGGUAGGAUCCCUGGUUCUACCAAUUUGGUAAUCAGAGACCAAAUUCAGAUCAUGUCGCUGCCACCACCACCGCCGACGCUGUCCAGCGGCUCCACCGCUCCGAUGACGACGGCGCCGCCCCUCACCGCGCCGAUGACAUCCGCCGCCGGGACCACCGCGCUGGCGGGCCACGUCUCCACCGCGGCCCCGCUCGCGCCGCCAUCCCCGGUCCCCUCCGCGCCACUGCCGUCUGCCGUCUUCACACCGGAGCAGGUCACGUCCAUCCUGCGGGAUCUCGUCACCGCCGUCGAGAGCCUUCACCUGCAGCAGCAGCAGUACGCGGCCGGGCCCUACGUGCCCCUACCAACGGCGCCCAUCGCGGCCUACGUCCACAUGCCGUGGCCGCCCCAGGGCGUUUCCGCUUACGGCGCCCCCCUGAUGCUGUCGUUCCAGGCGCCCCAACCGAACGGCCCACCGGCCGCCGCGGCGCCCCUCUGGCACUUGGCGCCGGCGCCAUCAGCAGCCCCCUGGCCGCUACAGCAGACGCCGCAGGCGGCGGCCACCGGACCUCUGCAGCCGCCGUUCUCCGUGCCAUCGCCGUCCUUGAUCAGUUCGGGGACAACCGCGCCGCCCGGCUUACCGCUCCAUCAGGUCCGGUUCCCGCCGUCCCCGUCUCCACUUCCAGCAUGGGCGGCUGCGUCUUCGCCAUCACCGGUCUACACCACGGCUGCCGCCGAGCCGACUCCGUUUCCGCAGUUCGGUGGGCCAUCCGGCUCCGCCGGCCACUACCCGGAGUACUCCGACCAGGCGCCCCCCGCCUCGCUGUUCCGCUCCUCCGAGCCAGUUCGGCAUGGCGGCCCGACACAGACACCGCCGCGGUUCGCCAAGAUCGACUUCGCCACUUAUGACGGCACGGAGGACCCCCUCAACUGGCUCAACCAGUGCGACCAGUUCUUUCGCGGGCAGCGCACCCUUGCAUCGGAAUGUACCUGGCUCGCCUCUUAUCACCUCCGCGGCGCGGCACAGACAUGGUACUACGCUCUCGAGCAGGACGAGGGCGCCAUGCCUCCUUGGGAGCGCUUCCACGAGCUCUGCCUCCUCCGCUUUGGGCCUCCGGUUCACGGGAGCCGCCUGGCGGAGCUCGGCCGCCUUCCCUUCACCUCCACGGUGCAGGACUAUGCCGACCGUUUCUAGGCCCUGCCUUGCCAUGCGUCGGGUGUGACGGCGCAGCAACGGGCCGACCUCUUUGUCGGUGGACUUCCGGAUCACAUCCGCGUGGAUGUGGAGCUUCGGGGACCCCAGGAUCUCCAGUCGGCCAUGUACUAUGCCCGCGCAUUCGAGCGCCGCGCGGUGGCCAUCCAGCAGGAAUCACCGUCCCGGACCGCUGGGUCGCUACCCGGGCCGGAUUCCGCGCAGGGUCGGCCUGCCCAGGCUUCUGCGGCACCCCUCGCCGCGACCGCGGCGCGCCCGUUCCGCCGGCUCACCUCAGCCGAGCUACUUGAGCGCUGCCGCCAAGGGUUGUGCUUCAACUGCGAUGAACCCUACACGCCCGGCCAUGCCUGCCCGCGACUCUUCUACCUGGAGGUUGCAGACUACAUUCCGGAGGAUCCCGUCGCCGCCGACCUGGCCGCCCCAGCUGUCAAGAAGGUGUUUGACGCUGGUUGAUCGCCUUGAGGAGUUCCGCAAGCGCUUCCCCACCUUACAGCUCGAGGACGAGCUGUUUGUGCAGGCAGGGAGAAGUGUUAUGGCCGGUUUAGCUAGGCCCACCGGGCAAUCUUAGCCCACAAGUUAUCUUAGGUUAAUUCUUAUGCAAGUUAUCUAGGUUAUAAAUAUAGGCUGUAAGACUCUUUUUGGAAUUAAGCAAUAAGAAUAAUAUUAUCUCUAUUGCCCGGCUCCCAGAGGAGCCGGAACCCUGGCCGCCUCUAACCCUAGCCGCCGCCGCCAUCCUCCUCCCACGCGACGACGCCCAGCUGCCGGCGCGCCCACUCAUCGCCGCGCCCUCCUCCAUCCUUCCCCUACAACCUACGGAGUAGGUCCGGUAGGAUCCCUGGUUCUACCACAAGCCAACAUGCAAGAGUACCCAAAUUUACUUUAUUUUAUUUUGAAAA